AUGACAAUCGGAGUGAAGGAAGGGUUCGCGGUGUGCGCGGCCGGCGUCGUCCUCGCGAGACUGCUCUCGUGGACGUGGAAGGCGUCAAACGAGUGCGUGUGCGCGUGGUGCAAGCGAAAGUUGCCGAAGCGAAUCAUCUUGGUUCGUCAUGGGCAGUCGGAAGGCAACGACAACCCCGACCUAUAUCGUGAAGUCCCUGACAAUGCCAUGCACUUGACGGCGCUGGGGCGACUUCAAGCGAGAGCAGCGGGCAAGUGCAUGAAAGAAAUCAUUGGCAACGAAUCGGUGCGUUGCAUUGUGUCGCCAUGCGUCCGUACGAUUGAAACGUUUGAAGAAAUCUUGACCGCGUGGGGCGAGAAUGCGCAUGACAUUCCGUGGACCGAAGAACCACGCAUUCGAGAGCAAGACUUUGGCAAUUUUCAAGAUCCAGACCAGAUUCGGCAAUGCAAGCUCCAGCGACGAAAGUUUGGCGGGUUUUUCUAUCGCUUUCCAAGUGGCGAGUCUCCUGCCGACGUGUACGAUCGGAUUUCGUCCUUCUUGGAGAGUCUCCAUCGCAUGUUUGCGCGGCAUCCACAAGAAAACUAUAUCCUGGUCACCCAUGGCGUCGCGAUCCGCGUGCUUCUCAUGCGGUAUUUCAAACUGCCCGUCGUCUACUUUGACCAGAUCGAAAAUUUCCACAACGCCGAGUUCGUCGUUCUGGAGCAUGUUGGGUGCGGCGGCUCGUUCAAAUUGGUCAAGCAGGUUCACGCCAAUGUAAACCCCGACACAGAGGAAGCCUCGCCUGUUGAGUCGCCGAUGCUUCGUUUUCGCACGUGUGAUGUUGCGCCGCUGUCCAAGUACGCUUCGUCGUUCGAGAAAGAAGCAUUGUACACAACGUGUUCGUAG